AUGAUCUGGCCAUCUCCGCAUCACUCCGACGCCCAUAGUCGAUCGCGCAGCUUUCUUUACCUUAGUCUGACCGCGGUCUUCCUGCUGUUCACUUAUCAACUCCUGCUCAAUCGUGAACUUCUUGGUUCGGUUGCAGACUGGGCGAGUGAUUCGGCAUUCCCAUCGCUGGGCUUCGAUUCAUCCAGCAACACUCCAGAUGCGAGUGGAAUUGAAAUUGCAGAUACAAAUGAGAAUGAGAAUGACAAGUUAAUCGCCAUUCAUGGUAGUCAUUCUAUCAAUGACCCCUCCUCCCCAUCUUCAACGCCGAGCAAGAGCAUCAAUCUCGGCAUCCCGACUUCCACCCCGAGCACCAGCAUCCAUGUCGCUCCCACACAAACAUCUGUCCCACCUCGAGAGAAGGAAUUGGUGUUUGCUGCCAUGCUAAAGAGUAAUAUGUCGUGGGUGACGGAAAAUCUGCCCGAAUGGCACUCCAAUAUUUAUCGCGUCGAUGCAUCACCCGAACAAGCCGAAUGGACUGUCCCGGCCAAUCGGGGCAAUGAAGCGAUGGUAUUCCUGACAUACAUAAUCGAUCGCUACGACUCCCUCCCAGACGUCAGUAUAUACCUCCACAGCAGUCGCUACCAAUGGCACAACGACAAUCCACUCUACGACUCCGUCAUAUCAGUCCGCGACCUCCAACCCACCUUCGUCCGCAAAGCCGGUUAUGUCAAUCUCCGCUGUACAUGGGCAAUCGGAUGUCCCGCCGAACUCGAACCGGCACGAUACUACCGCGAACGGCCUGAUGACCAGGACCACAUUACCGCGGUCUUAUUCCCGGAUAGUUUUGCCCAGCUGUUUCCGGACCUCGAGAUGCCCGAGCGCGUUGGCGUGCCGUGCUGUAGCCAAUUUGCGCUAUCGAGGGAGAAGAUUCACGAGAGACCGCUAGAGGAUUAUAUUUGGGUGAGGCAGUGGUUGUUGGAUUCGCCGCUGGAUGCGUCGAUUACCGGGCGGAUUUUUGAAUAUUCUUGGCAUAUUAUGUUCGGUAAACCGACGGAGUUUUGUCUUGAUCCUCGCCAGUGCUUCUGCAAUACCUAUGGAUACUGCAAUAUGAGCGACGAGGAUUUGCAACAGCAGUGGCAGUGGCGUGGUCAGACGCUUCCGGAGGGUUGGCCGGAUGUGCCCGAUGCACCGACACAGGCGAAUCUAGCUGGAGAGGCAGAGACAGGGACAGAACAGUCUACGGAACAUUCUCCGGAACAGUCACCAGAUCAAUCAUCAGAGCAUCCAGCAAACGAAGGGAAGCCCGAUGAACCAAAGAAAUCAUCACGAAAACGAAGCCUUGCCCUGGCUGACGAAAUGCCGGACAUCAGCGACGCUUCACGGCAGGCCUUACGAGACGCAGCUGUAUAA